GUUAAUCCUGCUGGGGAGUUUGGGCAUGAAAUGCAGGAGAACGGUCUUUUUCUUCAUUCUGCAGAGCUCGAUCACUGCGAGUCGACGGUUGCUCCACCAGCUGCGACGAUGAGCCCCGGGAGGCAGGGCGGCGGUGGCGGCUGGCUUAAGCAUUUCCCGGGCCUCUCCAGGAUGAGAUCAGGGAGUGUCCUAACUUAUCCCCUUAUUGGAGUCGCCUUCUUUGUGGCCUUCGUCUACUUCUCCUUUGGGGACUUCAAGCCUUCUCCGGGACUCGCGGAGAUGAGCUUUGUUGAGAGGAAGGGAACCCAGUUCGUGGUGGAUGGGAGGGCGUUCUACGUCAAUGGCUGGAAUUCGUACUGGAUGUUGGACCAAGCGGCGGAGGAGUUCAGCAAGUCGAGGGUUACGGAGAUGUUCCAGAUCGGCGCAAAGAUGGGGAUGACGGUCUGCAGGACAUGGGCGUUCAAUGACGGAACCUACCACGCACUUCAGGUUUCCCUUGGCAUCUUCGAUGAGCGCGUCUUCAGGGCAUUGGAUUGGGUAAUUGUGGAAGCAAGAAGACAUGGAAUCAGGUUGCUUCUUAGCUUGGUUAACAAUUUGCAGCAUUAUGGUGGGAAAACACAAUAUGUAAAAUGGGCAUGGGAUGAAGGAAUCGGACUGAGUUCUUCAAAUGAUUCUUUCUUCUUUGAUCCCGCAAUCCGAAAGUACUUCAAGAUUUACUUGAAGACCAUAUUGACAAGGAAGAACCAUUUAACAGGAAUAGAGUACAGAGAUGAUCCCACAAUCUUUGCUUGGGAAUUGAUGAAUGAACCACAAUGUGCGUCUGAUUCUUCCGGUGACACUCUCCAAGAGUGGUUUGAAGACACGUCUGAAUUUGUGAAAUCAAUUGACCAUAAGCACCUCUUGACUAUUGGACUUGAGGGGUUCUAUGGACCAGUAAGUUCGCAAGAGAAGCAAAGUAUCAAUCCAGGGAAGUGGUAUGGCACUCUGGGAUCUGACUUCCUAAGCAACUCCAAAAUCUCCCAUGUCGACUUUGCUUCUGUGCACAUAUAUCCUGAUCAAUGGUUGUUGAAAGCAGAUUUUAAUGAGAAAACCAAUUAUAUUUCUAAAUGGGUGACAUCACACAUUGAAGAUGGUGAUCGGGAACUGCAUAAACCAGUCAUGUUCACUGAAUUUGGACUCUCCAAAAAAUCAAAGGAUUUUGAAAACUCUCAAAGGGUUACCUUUUACAGAUCCAUCUUUGACAAAAUCUACGAGUCUGCAAAGAAAAAUGGAGCUGGAGGAGGGGCCAUGAUAUGGCAAUUAUUGGUUCCGGGAAUGGAAGAAUAUAGUGAUGAUUAUGGGAUCAUUCCUGGGCUGACACCUUCGGUUGAUAGUUUGUUGAAGGAGCAGUCAUGUAGGUUAAUGUCAUUGAGACUCAAAAAGGAUUCAUCUGACAGAAGUCCCACAAUAUGCUAAAGACAAUGGUUUAUAUAUCUUGUCUUUUUACAAACUAGAACGACUCUCUCUGCUACCAUUAUUUGGAUAUUCCAAACUAAAUAAAAGCAAACUUUUUCUUUGAAUUUCUGGCAUUUAGCAUAGACGAUUAUCUUGUGCUUGAUACUAGAUGUUUAGUUGGUGAUGUUAGUGUGUGUACUUAUGUGCCAAGACACUUCUUAUGUAUUUUGUGGAUAAUUAUUUAAUAAAGGUAAAAAUUUAUCAUUAA